ACCACAUGCAACCCCGCCUCCUCCUCCACCUCCUUCUCCUUCUCUAGCUGGAAGAAUUGUGACGGCAUUUGGGAAAAGCCAGUGAGAAGAGCUGCGAGGAGCUGCAGUGUGUAUUGGCCACUGCGGUGCUUCAGAAUGGCGGAGGGGGGCGGCAGGUGCAGUGGAUCUGGGAUGCUGAACGGGGACCGCGGGGGAUGGACCAACUAAUCACCCUCCCGCACGUUCUGCCAGCAUCAGAACCACGCCGUGACAGAUCUGGACUUAGGCUAUUCUAUCUUCAGGAAAUAUUAAGACUGCAAUGAACUACACCACUACCAGAUGUAAGGGGAAAUAUAUGCAACACCGUACCUUUUUAGGCUAAUUUCUGAAAUGUUUCAAAUCUGUCUUGAAGACAAAAAUUCGGGUGCUCCUAAUUAAUGAGCUGGUCACAUUUGCUGCGAGCGAGGCGAGACACUGGGCACUAUUGCCAAAUGCCAUCAUUUAAAUACUUUACUUCUACACUAUAACCAAGUAAAGCUAUAGGCUUUACAUUUAAUCGUGACGUAUUAGUGUGUACAUCCGUUGGGCUGUGGAGACAUUAGUGCCCGGGAUGAUUGUAUUGGUUGGUUUUAUCGUCGUCGCGUAACGGUGUCUGUCGGUGUGUGUUCAGAGCCCCGAGCUGUUCCAUGCCGCCUGUCGACACUACAGCAGCCUGCGCGCCUCAGAGCUAACGGAAUAACGGGAUAUAGUACUGUGCUGGGGACUGGAUCGGUUUCGUCUCCGGUGCACCAGAACAGGCCACCUUGCACUCUACCGGCUGGAGAAACGCACUACAACAUUAAGCAGCGGGUUUCCUCACGAGAAGAUUUGUCAUAUUUUUUUCUCUCUCUUGUUUAACGGAUUGGAACUCUACACUUAUGACAAAUUGGGGGUUAUUCGAUCAUAUGGAGAGAGAGAGGAUCAAUAAUUAUUUCCUCACGUCUCCUUCUUCUUCUCCUUCUUCUUCUCCUUCUUCUUCUUCUCCUUCUUCUUCUCCUUCUUCACCCCUGCAGCACAAGCAAGAAGAACUGUCGAAGCAGUUUCUUUUUUCUCUUCUACAGCAUUGGACAAAGAAUGCUGCAAUCUACUGAAUGGACAUGGACAAGAGAGACACAGGAUGCUUGUUGCCACGGAGAAGAACAAGGAGCACAUGAAUAGAUGUAGAUUCAAAGAUGAUCCUAUUCAAGACGUAUUCAAAGGGGACCAGGGAUGACCAAGUGAAAGAGUUGGACCCCUUUACUUUUCUUCCAUGGAACAUGGUCUUCCUGUCUGUCCUUUUUGAUAAGGGCCUCUGUUCUUCUUCUUCUUUGGAAAUAACAGACUAUUAUAGGACAACUAUUUGACUUGGUGACAUUGUGUUAUAUGAUUUCAGAAGAUGGGUUCUGACCCCUUCAAGAUCACCUGACCUGAUUGGACCAACCGGAUGUUGGAGGCGCCAACCGACGUCUCUGGCAGGGCAAAACCAGGAACUAUAACAUCUUGAUCCUCUAGAGGGACCUUUUUAAAGUCGCCCCUCUCCCCCCCACUUCCUUCUGGUGGGGGGGAGGGCAUAGCAGUUAGCCUAUCACAGCUCAGGACUUGUCCCUUCAAUAGCCAGUUAGCCUAUCACAACCAGGUCUGGUCCCUUUGUUAGCAAGUUAGCCUAUCACAGCUCAGGACUGGUCCCUUUGUUAGCCAGUUAGCCUAUCACAGCUCAGGACUGGUCCCUUUGUUAGCCAGUUAGCCUAUCACAGCUCAGGACUGGUCCCUUUGUUAGCUUGUUAGCCUAUCACAGCUCAGGACUGGUCCCUUCAUUAGCCUGUUAGCGUAUCACCUGUGAGGUUACUGAGACCAGGACCAGACCAGCAGCAUGGAGGCUAGUCAGGGUCACAGCCAGGGCAGCCCAGAGAGCACUAACCGGGCGGUGGAGUACCUCCUGGAGCUCAACAACAUCAUAGAGAGCCAGCAGAAGCUCCUGGACACGCAGAGGCACCGUAUCGAUGAGCUAGAGGUCCAGUUAGACCGCCUGGCCCAGGAGAAUAAAGAUCUACGCCUGGACCGCCAGCGACCUUUACCCCCUGAACCCCCAUCACCACCCUGCCCCCCGCCACCACCUGCCAACAAAACUAGCCACACAGCCAUACCCUCCGUACCAGUUUGCCCGGUUCAGACCAAGUCCUUUAGUAGUACCAGAACCAACACUACAGCCAUACCCUCUGUACCAGUUCGCCCGGUUCAGACCCAGUCCUUUUAUAGUACCAGUACCAACACUACAGCCAUACCGGCCUCCGCACCCCGGUACCUGUAUGGGAUAAACACACCCCUCGAACCCCCAAGACCCCCACCGUACACCCCAAACCCCAAAACAAACCCCGUCACCACCCAGACCCCCGCACCCCCAGACCCCUAAACGAACCCCCACACCCCGCUGACCCGGACCAUCUCGACCGGGACAGGGACCAGUUUCGUGGACAUGGAGAAGGAGAGAUUAAACAGGAUGGAGAAAGAGAGGACAGAGAGACUUAAUAGUUCCACCUUGGGAAAUCCCACCAGCCACCCACACAGCCACA